AUGAUAAAUGCAUUUGAUAAGGAUCAAUAAUAAUAAUCCAAAGAUUUAGAUUUAAAACUAGAUUUUGAUAUUAAACUUUAGAAAGGUAUUUCAUCCAAUUAAUAAUCAAUUAGGAAUAGAAUUACUAAAUAAGUAAGAAUGGCAAUAAGCAUAGGAACAUUUAUCUGAAAGUAUAAAACAAUUAGAGAAACAAUAAUCUUUUGCUACAUUCUUUUAAUGUACUUUAUUUAUAUAUUUUUUAAGGUAUUUCAUUAUAUUAAAUGAAUCAAUGUUAGAAAGCAUAUAAUUAGAGAGAAUAAGCUAAAAAAAUAAAUAAUAACAUCUAUAAAGAUUUAUUGGAUUAUUCAGAAUUAGAAUUAAAAAGAAAUCCAUAAAAUAAAUUUAUUUUAAUAGCAAAAAGUAUGAUAUAAUAUUUUCAUUCUUCAAGGUUAUGCAUUAAAUGAUCAAAAUUAAUAUUGGUAAGCUAUUAAAUAAUGUGAUUAAAUAUUAAAUGAAGAGCCCUAAAAUCUCCAUGCUUUAUACAGAAAAGGUAAUCGUUUAUUAUAAAGAUUUUAUUUUAUAGGUUUUUCAUUAGAUAAUCUAUAAAAAUGCAAAGAGGCAAUUAAUUGCUUUGAUAGGGCAAUAUAAAUUGAUCCUAAUUAUGCCAUUGCCUAUUAUAAUAAAGGCUUAUAUAUAAUUUAAUUUUGAUA